AUGGGAGAGUUGCAGACUAGUGGCAGUGCUACUGUGAUUCAUGAUGGGGAUGAUUGAUGCCUCUUGACUGCGCCCAAUCGAGUCCACAGGAGUCGUCACUAUCACUCCCUCCCCGGUCAUCCAUUUAUUCGAACCAUUUCCUUCCUGUCUCUAGUUUUGGAUCUUUUGUGGAUGAGUCGAAAGGUCUUCUCGAUCUUAUUUAAAGAGUGCACCAAUUCCUCCCGGCUUGGUCGAUGGGUCAAGUUGCACAGACUCUUUCCUGCCCCUCCGAUCAUUACCUGGUUUUUGCUCUUGCAUGCAUAUAUUUGCAUCCUCUACCCGUACCGUCCAACCGAUCCCAGCGUCGAGUCGAUCGUGACGGGCGUGCCCGUGAGGUGGAUGCAGUCAUCCAACCAUCGACCAUUCUUCAUUACGAGAGUAGAUUGUUCUUUGUUCGCGUCCAGCCGACAAAGUGCGUCAUUGUUGAGUGGAGCCUAAAGGCCUAGUCCUUGCUCCAUACUAAGAGUUAGUGUCCGUCGGUGCCGAGAAGAGCCAUCGGCUGAAUGAGAUUGUGAUUGCAUUG